CAUUGUGUACAAACAAGUUGUGUUUUUGUUACAAUUUUCACUAUUGUUAUUAUUUAACAACAUAUAAUUAAUUAAGUGGUUCAAUAAUUAAACAGCGUAACAAUGAAUGACGAAGAAUUCGACGGAGAUGAUGUCGGUGACGACUUCGACGACGACGUGGACGACGACAACAUCGAGGAGCUCGAACAACCCGAAGAAGAGGGUGACAACAUCGACAUUUUAGCACACGGCCAAGCUGGAGGCGGCGUGCCCAAAAACAAACGCAUAACCACCAAGUACAUGACCAAGUAUGAACGAGCAAGAGUCCUAGGAACACGGGCCCUCCAAAUAGCCAUGUGCGCCCCAGUUAUGGUGGAGCUCGACGGAGAAACCGAUCCCUUACAAAUCGCGAUGAAGGAACUCAAGCAGCGCAAAAUCCCCAUUAUCAUUAGGCGAUAUUUACCUGACCAUUCUUACGAAGACUGGGGGAUAGAUGAACUUAUUAUAAUUGACCACUAAAUAAGACAUUUUGUGAUUGUAAGAUAUUUAUUAAAGUACACUAGUUUCAUAA